AUGGCAGGUACUCCGCCACCAGUAGGAGGCUUUGCCAUACCGCGGCUGCCUUCGCCAUCCGGGUCCCGCGCCCGCCACUCCAUCAACAACUCCUUCUCCUUCGGCCCGCAGUCUCUCGUCGACUCGCUCGCGGCAGCCAACACCAGUGGAGCAUCGAACAACAGGCAGUCGUAUCUCGACCCUAGCCGCUCCAUCUUGCAGACUUCGCCCCGGCAUUCUUCUCCGCGAUUGCCAAGGCGGACAAAGACAAACGCGAGCAGGCAUCCGCUCGCAAACGAUACCACGGAUGUAUUUCAAGAUGACGCGGAUGAUGAAGACGAUGAGGAGGGACAUGAGUGGGGGAUUGUGGACCGGAUGCGUCUGUGGCGGCACGACGCGCUCAUGCAGCAUCUAUAUGAUUCCGCCGCGUUCUGGGGAGACAAGAUCGUGAGCUGGACAAAUGACCCAAACGACGCGUUCUGGCUCGCUCAGACCUACUUCCUCAAACACGAAUACUCUCGCGCCGAGCGGCUCCUCACUCGCCCCUUCCCCACCACCCCGCCCCGCACAGGCCCUCUCGCGUCGGUGGCUAAAGGUACAUUUCAGCCUCCGUUCGCCCCUGCGAAUGUGAAGGGCAAAGGCCGCGAGAUGCCUCCCCCAACCACCGGUGGUUUCCCCGACGCCGGCGAGUUAGCCCCGGGCGUGCAGCGGCUCCCUAUGGGCCCGGGCGAGAUGAUCGACGUCGCUAUACAGUACGAAGACGGCGUGUCGCGCCUCGUGGAUAUGAGUGUAGCUUGCCGAUAUCUUGCAGCGCAGUGUCAAAUGCGGCAAGGCAAAUGGAGCGACGCGCUGGAGAUGCUCGGCGAGUCCAACCCCUUCAGAAAUUCCGGAAAGGGUGGGCCCGACGCCCCGAACAUGGACGGCGGUAUCAAGAUUGAAGCCUCAAUGUGCAACCUGCGCGGGCUACUCAUGCUCAAGCUGAACCGGGGCGACCAAGCAAAGAACUCUUUCAUGGAAGCCCUGGCGCUCGACGUGAAGUGUUACGAAGCGUUCGAGCAGCUCGUGGACGGCGAGAUGAUGACACCCGAGGAAGAAUGGGAGUUUGUUCAGAACCUCGCAUACCGCGAGCAAACCCCUGCGGACGCGGAGUUCAUGAAGCUUAUGUAUCUAUCCCGUCUACGCAAGUACAAGCAUACAGACGACCAAGCCAUUGUUCGCCGAAAACUAGUGGAUGAGUGGGGUCUCGGAGACAACCCAGAUGUGCUUUACAGCUUCGCGGAUGCCUUAUACACUCAGUUGAGAUGGGCGGACUGCUAUGCGGUCACCUCCAGGAUAUUGUCGCUCGUGAGCAUACACAAAGCGACGAUACCUCUACACGUCGCGUGCAUGUACCACAUCAAGCACCUCAACUCCAAGCUCUUCCUCUUCGCGCACGACCUCGUCGAGAAAGAGCCGGAGAGUGCAACGAGCUGGUUCGCCGUCGGCAUGUGGUACAUGUGCGUCGAGAAGUUCCCAGAAGCGCGAACGUACUUCAGCAAAACGUCGCUUAUGGAUCCGCGCUUCGCACCUGCUUGGAUCGCGUUUGCGCAUGCCUUCUCGAUGGAAGGCGAGCACGAUCAUGCGGUGACCGCGUACUCGACAUGCGCAAGACUCUAUACCGGUUCUCACCUACCGCUGAUGUUCGUCGGUAUGGAGCACAUGAUUCUCUCGAAUCUGAAGCUCGCAGAAGAGGCCCUCCUGGCCGCGCACCACAUGUGCGACUCGGACCCGCUCUUGUACAACGAGCGCGGCGUCAUGGCGUUCAUGAACGAGGACUAUGACAACGCAGUCAGAUUCUUCGCGGAGGCGCUCGAGUUGGCGGACGUCGUGCAGACGUCCCAGGUCGCCUGGAUCCCCACCUUCAUCAACUUCGGCACCGCGCUGCGCAGAAUCGGCCGUUUGGAUGAUGCCCGAGACGCGUACCUCCGCGUGCUCCUCAUCGACUACCGACACGUCGCCGCGUUGUCCUUCGUAGGCCUGACCGAGCACCUGCUCGGAAACUUAGGAGAAGCGAUCGUCAGAUACCACGAAGCACUAAGCAUCGACCCCAUCAACGGCUACGUGCUCGAGCUGCUCGAGCUCGCCCUCGAGUCCAGCGCGGAUAUGGGCGUCUUCGGCGUCUUAGGCCCCGCCCCGGGCAGUGAAGCGAGCUGGGAGCAGAAGAUGCGCGAGCACCGGGAUGCGAAGGGCAAGCAGGUGGCGCAGACCGCCGUGGCUGGGGACGACGAGAUGAGCCUGUGAUUGGGUGCGCAUACGUCUUGAAGUUGUAGCGGCGGCGGGAGGCUGGUGUCGAAAUGUUGUACGCAUACAAUACAGCGCAGCCUAUCGGACGGGGAAUGCGAUGUUGAAUCCUCGAUGUAUUCGCUAUUCGAGGACGGCUUUCCGCAUACUGUCGUGCCAGUAACGGGGUGUCUCGCCCUCCGCCACUGGCCAGCUGCCUUCGUAGCCCCAUGCGUACCCCAGGCUCUUCCCACCCAUGCCCGCUUGCGGUCUCCAGAAUGCAGGCUGUAUGGCGGGCUUCGGGUGGGACUUGCCCCUCCUGCGGCUGCGCUUUCGCACAUCCGGGGACGAGACUGGGGCCUCUGCUGUGAUGAUCGGGCAAGUUGUUGCUUUGUGUUGAUGAGGAGAUGGCUUGACGGGGAGGGUAGGGUCG